AUGAAGAAGUUUUGCCCGAAGACAAGCCGCUGUUCGUUGCCUCAGACGAAGAGUCUGACGGAGCCGAGUCUGAGCCUAUCGUACAACGACGAAGCUCCGCAGAGAAGAAUAAAUAUGAUAGAUUUAUAGCAGGAGCAGAGGCUCUCAGAACGCGCUCUGAUUCUCCGUCUAUUUUCGGUGCACCGCAAGCCGCUGUAUCUUUUGGGACCGUCCAAAAGCCCCUGGAGUCCCCCAGCACCGCACCAAAACAGCGUCUGGGCGGGAGGCUCUCCCUGUCUCCUACACAGCAGCCUGGAUCAGAGCAAGCCGGCACGAGUUUUGCACCGCAAGCAGCACCGUCUGUGUUCGGUGCACCGCAGGCAACACCGUCUGUGUUCGGUGCACCGCAAGCCGCUGUAUCUUUCGGAACCGUCUCAAAACCCUUGGAGUCCCCCGGCACAGCUCCAAAACAACGUCUGGGCGGGAUGCUCUCGCUGUCUCCUACACAGCAGCCUGAAUCAGCGCAGUCCAGCACGAGUUCUGCACCGCAGGCAACAUCGUCUAUCUUCGGAGCACCGCAAGCCGCUGUAUCUUUCGGAACCGUCUCAAAACCCUUGGAGUCCCCCAGCACAGCUCCAAAACAACGUCUGGGUGGGAUACUCUCGCUGUCUCCAACACAGCAGCCUGAUUCAGCGCCGUCGUUGGUCCCUACAAGAGCUCCAGCAGCGCCGCCCACGCUCUUUUCACAACGAAAUGAAUCAGCGCAGCCCGCUACGAGUUUUGUACCGCAAACAGCGUCAUCGUCGGCCUCUACACCAGCUCCAGCAGCGCCGCCCACGCUUUUUUCACAACGACGCGAAUCAGAGCAGCCGGCUACGAGUUUUGCACCGGCUACGAGUUUUGCACUACCAGCAGCGCCAUCAUGGGCCCCUACAGAGCCUCCAGCACCUCUUGCAGCGCCCCCCAUACUUUCUUCACAGCAACGCGAAUCAGCGCAGCCGGCUACGGCUUUUAUACCGCAAGCAGCACCGUCGUGGUUCUCUACACCAGUUCCAGUAGCACCACCCGUGUUAUCUCCACAGCAACGCGAUUCAGAGCAGCCGGCUACGACUUUUGCACCGCAAGCAGCCCCAUCGCAGAUCUCCACACAACCUCUAGCAACACCGCCUGCGUUCGGCGCACCCCAGCCUGAACCAGAGCAGUCUGAUAGGAGUUUCGUGCAGCAAGCGGCGCCACCAGAAGCCCCCACGCCACUCGAUCCCGGAAGAGGAGCAAUCCAAGCCGAGAAAGAUCGAGCCUUGGAUGUUUUCGCGGAGGAACUAUUCAUGGACGAGGCUAAUGGCGUCAUGAAGCAGUUCUGCGAACACUUCAUGCAGGGCAUUGUUGCUGAAGAGAUGAAGAAGCUCGAGGAAGAACAAGCGCUCCAGGAAGCUGCAAAGUUCCGUGCAUCGAAGCUUGCGGUCAAGUAUGGUCGACUUUGGUGGGAGAACGCGUACAAGAAGAAGCUGAUCCGUCGCGGAGCCGAGCGUCGCGCAAAGUUCAAAGCUUCUUCGCUGGCGACUCCUCUAAAUGAUGUUUCUAACAUCGAUUCCUCCUUGAAUGGUGCAAUGGGUCCUCCGAAGUCGCGGCGCUCAAGGCGCGACAGGCCUGCCUCACAAGGCAGCGCAGGUCAAGCUGGAACACCAAACGGUGUCUCAAACGCCAAUGGCUCCAAUGCCAACAGACACUCUUCCCAAUCCGGAGCAGCUCCGGAGGCGUCAUGGACGUCUACUGGUUCCACUUCUAGUCGCUCGCGCAAACCCUACGAUGUAGAUGCCGAACUUCGCAAGACUAGGGCUAGUGACGCAACUCAGUCGGAAUACUUCCUCAGGAAGACUCUUGGGUAUUCUGAACCACUGUCCCCCACCAAGCCAUCUACCGGCAAGCGCAGCAGGGCCACGGAGGCAGACACGGACACCUCACCAGGCGACCAGUCCUCCAGCAAGCCGAAGCGGCCGCAACCAUCCCGGAUCCCAAAGCACAGCCCUCCCGCCCUCUUCGAUGACGCCGCACGCGCCCGUCUCCGCUCCUCCCAACCACCCAAGACAGACGAGGAGCGCCAGGCCCGCGUCGCCGCGGUCAUGGCGCGCCUCAACCGCCCGGCCAGGAACGCCUCGCCGAUCAACAACUUCCUUGCGGCCACCGCCGGUCGUCGUCGCCGCUCCAUCCCCGAAGACGUGCUGCAAGCCGCGCUCGCCGACCCCAUGGCCGCGAGAGUCGCCAACAUCUACGCCGAAUUCGACGAGACCGAGCACUUCUACCGCGAGAUGCUGGCCCAUCUCAGCCGCUCCCGCUCCUCCAGCGGGAAGAAGACAAUCUCGCCACCCGACGCCAAGAAGCAGCAGCAGCAGCAGAAAAAGGCUGUCCUCAACGGCGUCGCGAAAUCCACCACCAAGAAACCUAACGAGGCGCCAAAACCGGCGUUCUAUGGCCGCGUGAGCCGCUUUGUGCCGCGCGAGCUGUACGGGAAGGGCGUCGCCGCGCUGCGCGCCUCGGGGAUCGGGAGGAAGGAUAAGGGGAAGGGGAAGAUGGUGGAGUCGGAACCGGAGGCGGCGCCGACGCCGGACUUCUUUGUCGACUCGGAGGAUGAGGCUGGGGAGGAGAUGGAGAGCUAUGGCAGUGGGCAGUACAGCGACGAGUACAGCGGUGGGUUUGAGGAAGAGGGCGCGGAGGAGAUGGAUUGGGCGAGUGAGGAAGAGGAGGAGGAAGGGGGGUACGCCCGCCCGUCGAAUUCGGGCUCUGGCUCGGGCUCUGGGUCAGCGUUUGGCGGGAAGGCGGGGACGAGUGCGGAGGAUGCGAUUGAGUUGUAGAUGGGGUUUUGGCGCGGAGGAGGCGAGAUGCGAAGCGUGUGGUUUGGACCCUUUGGUCCUGUUUGUGGAAGGGGGAGCGAGCAUGAUUGAUGAAUAUAGUUAUGAUACCCGGAGCGUGGGCGCUUGAUGUGAGCGCGCUGCAGCGAUGAGCAAUGUAGAAUAGCUAUGGAAUUAGAGAUUCGAUCAAUUGC